CUUCAUCAGGGGGUGUGGAGGGCGAGUGGGCGGAGCCUGUCGGUGAAGAAAUGCAGUGUUUGGUGCAGCGGGCGCAGCGGAGCUUCACGAAAUCCUUGUGUGUUUUUUAAAGGUGGGAAAUGGCCUCUUACCAGAAGCACAGGUUUAUUCGCCAGUACGCCACAGAGGACGUGCGGGUUUGAAGACAGCAAGUGAGCAAAGCGCUCGCUAGCCGUCGGCCAUUAGAUAAAACGGGGUGCGUGGACCGAAGAAAGCAGACAACAGGAUCUGGACACGUUUACGCGGACCUAUGAGACUGUUCUCAGGUGAGAGAUGGAUAUGAGAGAGGUGUAUGUGGUGGCCAGCAGCUUCGUGGGGUUUCAGGUGUUAUUCUCGUGCGUCAGUCCGGUCCUGUCUUCCAACUUCACGGAGGGUUAUGGGAAACUUCCUCCAAACAAACUCAACGACUGGAACUCCAGGCUUGUGUCCACGGUCCAUGCAUUAAUUGUGGGGCUGUUCUGCGUUUAUAUCCUCUGGUACGACGAUGCCGUCAAUGAAGACCCCUUCUGGGGUGAUCCCAACCGUAAGCUCAAUGUGGCCAUCACCUGUGGAUACCUGUUCUAUGACCUGGUGCUUCUAGCUUGUAACUGGAGUGCCAUGGGUGACGUGUUUUUUGUCUGUCACCACUUGGCGGCGCUGUAUGCUUAUGGAUUUGUGCUGUUGAAACCAUUUGUCAAUCAAAGGUGGUUUUUCGAAGCAUUAGGUUACCCUCGUACUCACCCGCUGGUUGUCGGCAACGGCGUCGCCAUGGCGAUCGUGUUCUUCCUCGUGCGGAUCGCCGUGAUGCCUCCCUACUGGGCAAAAGUGUUUGCCACCUUCGGUACGCCAACGUUCGAAAGGCUUGGUCUGGCAAUUCAGGUGGCCUGGAUCGUAUCCUGCGUUUGCUUGGAUAUCCUAAACACAAUCUGGAUGUACAAAAUCGCCCGCGGCUGCUACAAGGUCAUUACCGGCAAGCUAAGAGGAAGCAAAGUGGUCUCCAAAAAGACCAAUUACACCAACAACCACACAGACUGAGAGUCAUCCACGAUAAUGACAGAUUAGAUUAGACGUGAAUAUAGCAACUUCUGAGUCUUUAUAUUGCGCUCUGGAUGCAUGUGCUCUCGAAACAGAGGUUGAGAGGAGAGAGUUUCAUCAUCCCAGUGUGCUUUUAACCUCUUCUUCAUGUACGGACACCCUGACUUCACCAAGCCGAUAAACUAACCUGUUAUGCCUCAAACACAACCAAAGUGCCUCCAAGCACAAGGAGAAGCAAUAGAACAUGAACAUGUGAGCUUGUGACCACAAAAAGUCCUUAGUCAGGCAGCACCCAUCCAUGUUUUUCUCGAAACCAAUCGUGGUUGCUUUGGGAGCCGUGUUUCCUGUGAUAUUAACACUGAUGUGCCUCAGUGAACUCCAAGUUUGAACAUCCACAACUUGUUGCACAUUUGGUCGGAAGUGCUCAUCAACUUCGCUCAAUCUUAUGUCAUUGCCAGUCUGAACGGUUGCAAGUCUCUUGGAAAGCUCAGAUCUACCUCUCACACCGUGUCAAGCACAAGAGCGAACGCCGUAUGGACUCGAGGAACACUCUCAGCCUCUGCUUUUAUAGUCCAGACUUCUAGAACUCAUCUUGUGCUCUCGUUUGCAUUUCCAGGAAGCAUUUUCCAUGUGGAAAUGGAGUGAAAGGUGGUUUCCUUUAGCAAAUACCUGUGUGCAUGCUUCAUUUCUGACCAUGUGAGGUCACAUUUUUGCAGUAGAUGCGAGGAAACUGCACUGCUUUAUCCAUUUCUAGCCUUUA